UCUACACGCCCUCUGUCAUCAUCCUGACAAUAAAUUCUCUGUUGCGCGCCUCAAACCACACCCUCGCUUUCUCAGAAUGAGCUGAGCGCCUCAUACUCGGAGUCGAGUUCUAACUUGUCUCAUUGCUGCUGCUUCUUCUUCUUCCACCGGGCGCCUGUGUCCGUGACUAUGUGCACAGCAGAGGAUGGCGGAAGCCCACGCGCUUGAGGAGCUCCACACGGAGCUCACCUGUCCGGUGUGUCUGGAGCUGUUCCAAGACCCGGUGAUCCUCGAGUGCGGACACCACUUCUGCAAGGUGUGCAUCGUCCAGUGCUGGGAAGCCAAAUCCGACGAGUUCUCCAACUGUCCCAAGUGCAGGAAGUCGUGCACGCGCAAGCUUCGACCCAACUCGCUGCUGUGCAACGUAGUGGAGAGCGUGCGCAGAGCCCGCUCCACGGACGCGGCUCCGUGGACGCCCGGGGAGGAUCGGGAAGGGGCGCCGGACAUGCAGGAGGAACGGAGAGCCGGGUCCAGCCUCAGCAGUGAGGUGUCGUCCAUCGGACACUGGCUGGUGAUGGACAUGUGUGAGGAGCACGAGGAGAAGCUGAAGCUGUACUGCGAGGACGACCAGCUGCCCAUCUGCCUGGUGUGCGGGAUGAGCCGAGACCACAAGACCCAUAAUGUAAUCCCUAUCACAGAGGCCUUUGAGAACUACAGGGACAAGCUGACCACGGCUUUGGAAAGAGUUCAGCUGCAAACGGAGGACGCCACCCGCUUCCAGAGACAGACCAAUGAGAAGAUCCUCCUCAUUAAGGAAAGAGCUGGGGACCUGGAGGAAAUGGUCAGCGCGGAGUUUGUUCGUCUGAAGGAGUUCCUGCUCGAGGAAGAGGAGCGCAUCAAGGAGAAACUGCAGAGGGAGAAAUCAGAGAAGCUCAGUCAGUUGGAGGAGGCCCUCACCAAGGCCACCGAGCAAAUUAGCCAGCUGGAAAACACGGCUGAAAAACUUCGCCUUAAACUACGGGAGGAGGAAAAUCCAGAGCAGCUCAAGGGAAUCAAAGACUUCAUCGGAGUCACUGAGAGCUUGUUUGAGCGCCCCGUUGAGGUUGGCGUUGACCUGCAGUCAGGAGAGUUUCUGGGACCUUUGCAGUACAGAAUCUGGAGGAAAAUAACUUCACUUUUUCAGCCAAUCAUUGCCCAGGUGACCCUUGACCCGAACACAGCCUACCCCUGCUUGUGGGUGUCUCCCUGUCGCACCAGUGUCCACGUGGGAAAAAUCCAGUCCAACCUGCCCAAUAACCCCGAACGCUUCACGCGCUACAACAUCGUCCUGGGCUCUGAAGCCUUCUCCUCUGGCAGACACUACUGGGAGGUGGAGGUGGGCUGCAAGACGGCGUGGGGCCUUGGGGUGGCCAACGCCUCCGUCAACAGGAAGGAGGAGAUCAGCCUCUGUCCUCAGGAUGGUUUCUGGACUCUGGUGUUGAGGGACCGAGGCAACGGCACAAGCGAGUAUGAAGCAUGCACCGACUCGGACGACUGCUUGAUCUACCCUUCAAAGCCCCCUCGAAGGGUGGGGGUCUACCUGGACUACGGACGAGGUGAAGUAGCUUUUUAUGAUGCUGAAGACAUGAGCCAUCUUUUCACUUUCUCCGAUGCAAAAUUCAAAGAGCCUGUUUUCCCGUACUUCAACCCCUGGCCUAUCAUCAAUGGAAGAAACCAGGAGCCGCUCACUGUAGUCACACCACUCUGUGGGACUAACACUCCACUUCAUCCGGUCAUCCAGGAUUGAGGUUCAGCCUGAAUGGACUUUAACAUCCACAAUUUGAUUUACUUGCAAUUUCAGGCUACAAGUUGAACCUGAAGGAAACCUAAAAUGGAAGCACUUUAAGAGCUUGGAAUGAAUAGUGGAAGGUUCAAAGAAAACUCAGCCAUUUAGACCAAAAAUAUAUUUGAUCUUGGUUUGUUUCCUCCUAUUUUUGAUGAAUGUUGGUAUAAUCGAACUCAGUUUUUCCUGACAAUAUAUCGGACAUUUCUUUUCACAUCCUGCUGAAUCUUGCUGCAUCUUCUUUGGAAUCUGUCUGAGCUUCUGUGUGGAAAUGGUUGUUACUUUGGCUGCUUUUUGAAGAAGUGCACAUUCCCAAACAAAGAGGUUCAAAAUGAACUUUGUACUAAAAAUAUAAUAAAGCAAUGGUGGAGAAAAUCCACUAGAGUGAAGCCAAACCACUGACACAAUCAUACACUACAAGACAUUGUUAUACACUUGUUCAGCCUCUUAAGGGCUUGAUGGUGUUUCCUACGGUGAGGAAUUUAUCUUUUUAAAAGAUUUUAAAUAUUUUUAAACAAAAACAGGAAAAAACAUAGGAUUAUUGCCUGAAGAUUUUACUUUUUGGCAGUUUUUUUUAAUUAAAAGAAGUAAUGAUUUAAAGGAUUGUUCCAAUGUGUUUGAAUAUUCUAACAUUUCAAUCUUUCUGUGAUUUUCUACAGCUGUAGUAGUCAGUCCCUAAUCUUUAUUUUUUUUAGUAUCCCAGUUGUAAUGACGGUAAAGUGAGACAUAAACUCCAACUUUCAGGUGAUUUUGGAACCUUUAAAACUCAAUAAAGACUCCAACCUGACACACAU